AUGGCUCGUGCUUCAAAACGCUCGUGUCACGGGAAAGACCAUCAAGUCGGUACCCAACGUGACGCUGCUCGACGAGUGCACCACGCUAUGUGCUGUCGAGCCCAAGUGCUAUGCCGUCGCCUUCAACACCUCAUCGUGGCCCGCCAGUACGUGCGAGUUGAAGCCAUCUCCGCUGACGUUGUCAACCAACGCCACCACCUUUCUCUCUGCGACCAUGUACCCCGCGAGCUACACGUGUACCGCUCACGCCACCUACGCUGGACGCGACACCUUCAAUGCGUCGGGCAACUUGCAAGACUGCUUCAAUAUCUGCAACUCCAAAGCGUCGACCUGCAAUGCGUUCUCGUGGGCCAUAGACCCGACGCCAGGCACGGUUCUUGGACGCUGCUAUAUGAAGACAGUGCCGUCUGGAGCCGAGGCUGUCCUAACCGAUGCAACGUGGGUGACGUGCAAGCGAGCUGCUUGAGCCAUGCUCGAGCUACCUAUAUCAUCGCGCUUCGCGCAUUUACACCAGCACUAACGUGA